CCCCCCACUUCCACCAAGAAAAGCAUAUCCAAGGGAGCCUUUUCUUCCAUUUCUGUGUUGAUCCUAAAUAAUUAGAAACUGACAACAUUUUCACAAAUCCAUCAAACUCAUAAAACUAUAAAAAAUUCCAUACGAUCCUCACUUCCUACUGCACAAAACAACCCACUAUGCUUAAUAACUGAUACAUAAAGUCACUGGAAAAGGAAAACCCUUGCAAGUAUGGAAUCCAGCAUCGAAUGCGUAUCAUACUCUGAUGGAAUGGAUGAAGAUGAGAUCUCUCAUCCACAUCCUUAUGCUCAGUAUUCGUCUUCCAAACCAUCUCACAACAUCAACAGUGGUAACAACAGUAAUCUCACUGGUGGGUUAAUUAAUCCACCCACUAGUGUUCAUGAGCUUCUUGAAUGCCCGGUUUGUACCAAUUCUAUGUACCCUCCUAUCCACCAGUGCCACAAUGGACACACCCUCUGUUCAACCUGUAAAGCUAGGGUUCACAAUCGAUGCCCCACCUGUAGACAGGAGCUUGGUGAUAUAAGAUGUUUAGCACUAGAAAUGGUGGCUGAAUCUCUUGAGCUUCCUUGCAAGUAUUGUUCCCUCGGUUGUCCUGAGAUCUUCCCUUACUACAGUAAGCUCAAACAUGAGGCUGUUUGUAAUUUUAGACCUUACAAAUGCCCAUAUGCUGGAUCCGAGUGCUCAGUUGUCGGUGAUAUUCAGUUCCUGGUUGCUCAUUUGAGAGAUGACCACAAGGUUGACAUGCACUCUGGAUGCACAUUCAAUCACCGCUACGUUAAAUCAAAUCCUCGAGAUGUGGAGAACGCCACGUGGAUGUUAACUGUUUUCCAUUGUUUCGGUCAGUACUUUUGUCUUCAUUUUGAAGCUUUUCAACUUGGCAUGGCCCCUGUUUACAUGGCUUUUCUUCGGUUCAUGGGAGAUGAGAUAGAGGCACGAAACUACAGUUACAGCUUGGAGGUUGGGGGAAAUGGCCGGAAACUUAUAUGGGAAGGCACCCCAAGAAGCAUUAGGGAUAGUCACAGAAAAGUUCGGGACAGCCACGAUGGUCUCAUUAUACAGCGUAAUAUGGCACUUUUCUUCUCUGGAGGAGACAGGAAAGAGCUUAAGCUUCGUGUAACAGGAAGAAUAUGGAAGGAACAGCAGAACCCAGAUGGUGGCGCAUGCAUACCCAAUCUUUAAGGCUGCUUAAAUCUGUUUAACGUUGUUUUCCAUUUUUUGUGCUUGAAUUUAAGCUAAAUGUUAUUGUUGCAUCGAUAUAUUUGGUAUUCUUGAAAGUGUACGUGUAUCUGCUUCAAGUUUCAGUGAUUCAUAGGCUUCCUUUUCGUUAUUGUUGAUGCUAAGGGGAUUAGUACCAUGUAUCAUGGCGAGUUGGCUAAUAAGAGUAUAGUUUUCUUCUUCUAUUUAAAAACUC